ACUUUGAUGCUGUGGGCACGCCUCAAAGCUAGAAGUUUAUGGCACCCACCUGCUCAAUCUGACAGGAAGCGUCUGCUCCCCACUUCUCCCCAGCCACUGUGGUCUAGAGAUUCCAGGAAACCUCGGUUCCCUGUGACCUCAUGGUGUGCUCUGUUCUCCACCCUAGGGACCAGAAGGAGCCAGGAGUAAAGAACUGGUUUACUUGGCCGCCGCUGGGAAAUUCUGGGUAAUUCAAGACGCCCUGGAAUUUGGACCCACUCCGCUGAUAGGUGGUGGCCAGGGUUCUAGGGAGCACAGGAGGCGGAGCCAGGUGGCUUCCCUGUGCUGGCAUUCCUCUCUCUCUCUCUCUCUCUCUCUCUGCCUUGCAGCCCUUUCACUCUGCGAUUCGUGUGUGACUCGAUUUCAGGGAAACGGAAUUCGCGUGGUCUGAGAAGGAGGCCGGAGUGGACGGGCUGGGGAAGGCACCGUGAUGCCCUCAACCCCGUCCCUGAAGGUGGUCCACGAGCUGCCCGCCUGUACCCUCUGUGUGGGGCCGCUGGAGGAUGCGGUGACCGCUCCCUGUGGACACACCUUCUGCCGGCUCUGCCUCCCCACGCUCUCCCAGAUGGGGGCCCAGUCCUCGGGCAAGAUCCUGCUCUGCCCGCUCUGCCAAGAGGAGGAGCAGGCAGAGACUCCCAUGGCCCCUGUGCCCCUGGGCCCGCUGGGAGAGACUUACUGCGAGGAGCACGGGGAGAAGAUCUACUUCUUCUGCGAGAACGACGCCGAGUUCCUCUGUGUGUUCUGCAGAGAAGGUCCCACCCACCAGGCGCACACCGUGGGAUUCCUGGACGAAGCCAUUCAGCCCUACCGGGAUCGUCUCAGGAGUCGACUGGAAGCUCUGAGCAUGGAGAGAGAUGAGAUUGAGGAUGUAAAGUGUCGAGAAGACCAGAAGCUUCAAGUGCUGCUGACUCAGAUUGAAAACAAGAAGCAUCAGGUGGAAGCAGCUUUUGAGAGGCUGCAGCAGGAGCUGGAGCAACAGCGGUGUCUCCUGCUGGCCAGGCUGCGGGAGCUGGAACAGCAGAUUUGGAAGGAGAGGGAUGAAUAUAUCACAAAGGUCUCUGAGGAAGUCACCCGGCUUGGAGCCCAGGUCAAGGAGCUGGAGGAGAAGUGUCAGCAGCCAGCAAGUGAGCUUCUACAAGACGUCAGAGUCAACCAGAGCAGGUGUGAGAUGAACACUUUUGUGAGUCCUGAGGCCAUCUCUCCUGACCUUGUCAAGAAGAUCCGUGAUUUCCACAGGAAAAUACUCACCCUCCCAGAGAUGAUGAGGAUGUUCUCAGAAAACUUGGCGCAUCAUCUGGAAAUAGAUUCAGGGGUCAUCACUCUGGACCCUCAGACCGCCAGCCGGAGCCUGGUUCUUUCAGAAGAUAGGAAGUCAGUGAGGUACACCCGGCAGAAGAAGAACCUGCCAGACAGCCCCCUGCGCUUCGACGGCCUCCCGGCGGUGCUGGGCUUCCCAGGUUUCUCCUCGGGGCGCCACCGCUGGCAGGUUGACCUGCAGCUCGGCGACGGCGGCGGCUGCACGGUGGGGGUGGCCGGGGAGGGGGUGAGGAGGAAGGGGGAGAUGGGCCUUAGCGCCGAGGACGGCGUCUGGGCCGUGAUCAUCUCGCACCAGCAGUGCUGGGCCAGCACCUCCCCGGGCACCGACCUGCCGCUGAGCGAGAUCCCGCGCUAUGUGGGCGUCGCCCUGGACUACGAGGCCGGACAGGUGACCCUCCUCAACGCCCAGACCCAGGAGCCCAUCUUCACCUUCGCUGCCUCUUUCUCCGGCAAAGUCUUUCCUUUCUUUGCCGUCUGGAAAAAGGGUUCCUGCCUUACCCUGAAAGGCUGAAGUGGGGCGCGCGAAGGGCGGCGAAGCGGAGACAGCGGCUCCCUGGGAUCCAGCUCCGCCCUUGGCCAGCGCGCGGCCCGCAUGAGGCGAAAGGACACGGGCUUGAGUCUCGAACAGCGGUUGUUUAUACUUUAUUUAUCUUAGGCCCUCAGCUCCCUGACGUCCUGAGCCUCUCUGUGACGCUCCGGCCUUCUCUGCACCUCCGAGUGCAGAACCACAGGCGGGCUCAGCUGUGCCUAGGGCAACAGCCAACCUAGGAGCCAGCGGGCUUUCGGGGAAAAAACAGAAAAAGAGAUCUAAAAUAAAAUGUUUAAACUGUUUCAAAAUAAUCAUCGUGGGAAA